CGGACAGUGGUGUUGAUAAUUAAUCGCACUCACUCACUCACUCACCAUGCAGUAGUGGUGACAGACAGACAGACGCGUCAGCCAGUCAGGCAGUAUCCAUCCAUCCAUCCAUUCGUGCAUCCAUUGGUCCACACUCACUCAGACGGCCACUUGUCACUCACUCGCGCAUCCAGACCUCUAUCCCUCUCCCUGUCCCCCUUCCCUCCCUCUGUCUCUGUGUCUGUCUGUGUCUGUGUCGGUCGUUCACAUCGAGUCCUUUUUCUUCUUCUUCUUCUUCUUCUUCUUCUCGAUGUCUGCGAUCAUCUUAGCGAUGUCCUUCACCAAGCUCUUGGCGAUGUCCUUCGCUUGGUGGCCGCCAUCGCCAAGAUGAUCAAAGACAUCGAGAAGAAGAAGGAUGGAUCGACCGACACAGACAGAGGAUCUGGUAGCCUGUUUCCGUCUCUCCCUCUCUCUCUCUCUCUCUCUCUGAGUGUGUGUGUGUCAUGUGGCCACACAGUGUGUGUCGUGAUUGACCUAGGUGUCAUUUGGACACCCAGGUCUCUCUCGGUUCCUUCCACAAGCCGAGGGUCAAUGCCAAUGAAGGUGAAAACCAUCACCAUUCAUACACACACAUGCAAGCAUGACAUGAAAUCAUCCAUAGCUCUCCUCGGCCGUUGUGGCACGUGCCGGUGCCGCCGCACUCUUCGGCGUCUAGCUACGACCCCCCGACCCUCCAGGAAGCGUUCCAGCCAGACACAAGAGAGCGAUAUGGAUACAGCAGGCGCACACGGAAGCAUGCAUCAAACUGUACACCACAUCCGUGUGGCCCCCAGCUCUCUGAUGAUCAGUGAGUGACUCAUGCAAUCGUCAAGUCAGCAAGGCACAUGAGUGGAGUGGGCCAAAUGCGCUCCUGCACCUCAUCGAACGCCAUUGGGAUCGCUCAUGGCCCAUGGCAUGGCCACAAACGACACGCAUGGUCUCAAUGAGGUACAGAGGAACCGCCGGCACCACUGACGUGACAACGGCAUCCCACGCCACCACACAGACACCAAUGACAAGCCAGGAAUCUUCCACAAGUACGCACAUCCUCAAGCAGGCCACCCACCCAGUCAGUACGCUCUCUGAUCAUCCAUCCCGUUGCUAUCGACACGCGAGAAGUAGUCAGUGAUCAGUCGCUGGCCCGCCGUGAUGGGCAGCCCCUUCCGAUACAGCUCAACACUACACGGGCCUGUCUGCACAGCGGCGAACCCGUGAGGGCUCAGCCGCUCGGCUACGCCUCCCUCCCCAUCAUCGUGCAACGACUCGACAGGGAGUGCAUCGUCGGUGGUGAGUGUGAUGUAAUCUAGCUUGGGCAGAGUGGUGAUGGCCUUGACGCAUGUGCGAAACAGCCGAGACCAGACUGGCAAACGUAGUAGCAACUCGCCCUCGUCUGUCCGCCCAUCUCCCUCCCCGCCCUCUGCAGCGAAGUUGGUAGCGAGAAACACGCUAAUGUGCCGGAUGCGAUGCUCUAUGCCCUUGCCCUUGUUGCUGCUGCCCUUGUCGGCCCCUGCCUCCCCCACCGACACAUCUAUCUCCAUCUUGCUGCUGCUACACGCCCCACCCGCCCCAUCCUCACUGCCCUCAUCUGCCUGCCCCUCCCACAGUGACCAAUUCUCACUGCCGUCAAGGCACUUGUGAAACGCACACUUGACGUGCAGCAGUCGCCCCCCACUGGCACAGUUGCUCAGGUACGACGGCAGGAAAAACGGCUGUUCAUGAAAAGAGGGCUGGCGGGCGAACCGCACUACCCGCAGCGAUGGGAGGUCGUCUAUCGUUUUGACGACGGCCUCCUCGCCCAGCUGAUGCGCACUGCCCAUCUCGACGAACUGCACCGACGGGAAGACGCGGCCGAGGUUGAAGAGCAGUGGCUGUGGGAGGGGGUUGUCGGUGUCUGUGGCCGGCUGCAGGGUGAGGGUGCGUGCUGAGCUGAAGACCAGCUUGGGCAGGAGGAAGUAGAAGGCCUGGAUGAUGUUAUCCUCUGCCAGGCUGGUGGAGAAUGUCACCGAUGUGGCGAGGGAGGCCGCCAGGGUAAGGGUGGACGACUCGAAUGCGGGCGUCUCGUCGUCGUAGAUCCUGCGGAUGGGGCUGCCAGGCUGUGUGGGCCAGAGGAGGGUGAAGGGGAAGUCGAAUACGCUGCUGCUGUAGUCCUCCUUGCCGCCAGGGCUCACACAGUACUUGUGAACCGCAUUGAGAGACUGUGACACCAGCAGGAAACACAGAGGAUGCAUUGAGAAUGAUCAAUCCCUCUUGUGUGCGUGGAUGCAUUGGUCACUCACCGAUAUGAUUCUUGGCGUGAUCUGUUUGAGCUUGAUGGUGGCCUCGAUGGCCUUGAGCGACCCCAUCGGCGUACCGUCGUCUUCAUUGGUCCAGGGGUACAGGUCAGGUUCGUCCGCUGUGAUGCUGAAGCUUGUCACCGUGUCGACGCUCGUGAGCUCGACAAGCUUCAUCGCGUCGUGCGCAGCCCACGCGAAUAGGGGCGAGAGGGUGACGGUAUCGACGGCGUCGCAAUCCAGCCAGUCCCACCCAUACUCUGUGUUGUAACCGCCAAACUCGUUGUCGUGCGCCGUCUUCUCCUGCGUAGUCAACUUGCGCAACUCGACGGUCUUAAGAGACCUGUGGCACCCACACCCAACAGACAGGGGCGGAUUGUGCGUAGGGACCUUUGGAAGGAACUGUCCUGGAUUUGCACCCACCUGAGUGUCCAGCCGCGCAGAAACGAGGCCCACGCCCACCGCCCGCCCACCACUAUCGUCUUCAACCGUGGGAACGCCAACGGCUUCUUAUAGCCUGAACGCCACCGAGAGGGUACCUCGUGCUGCUUGACGCUGUGGCUGUCGGCUUCCAGACUCUCGAGGCUCUCACUAACGCCGUCGAGCAGCUUCACCAUGCUCAUGUUCAUAUGACACCGUACCACCGCCCGGCGGGUCUUGGCCAGACGGGGCCGCCAUGCCUCCAGCUGCUUAUCGGUGGGGUCGAUGUCGCGGUCGGCGAGGAAUGCGAUGGUGGUGUGCAUGUCACUGUCGUGGGAGGGUCCCAGGAAGGAUGAGUGGGCCCGUGAGAGGCCGCCGAUGAUGGACUCGGUGCCGAUGAGGGGGCCGAGUCGGUCAAACAGCAACGCGUCAGGGAGGGUGAGCACCGACGGGGUCAACGACUGAACAGAGCACAGCACACACGCACAAAUGUGCCAUACACACACUCUCUCUGUAUGUGUGUGUGUGUCCAAGUGCACGUGGGCGGCUGUCAGUUUGUGACCAUCCUCACAUCUAGGCGCAGGUUGCGAAGCAUAGCAGUGAGCUUCUGCUGAGCGAUACCGAUGAGGAUGUCCUGAGUGCUGGGCGGGGCAUCGGCUGGGGCUAUCUUGGACAGAAGGACCUUAAACCUCUCAUAGUCCAUAUACACCAUCUGCACACGUGAUGGGCAGAAAGAUCAGAGACGCAAAGCACACUCCAUGUGUGUCAUCUUGUGGUCUCUCACCUUGGCUACGUUAGGGCACAUGUCUUGUCCCAAUGUCCGCUCCUUGCUCUCCUUGAGCGUCAGCACCUCACCAGCCUGAUUGCACAGGGAGGCCCACAGAAUGGUACGGGAGACUUCGAGCCCUUUUCAUCUCUCCCCUCUCCCCACCUGUCGCUGCAGUGCGUCGAUCUUUUCUCCUACGUUUCCGUACUUGUCCCUCGCACCCACCAACACGCUCACAAUGGACUCCAACUGGAUGAACCAUCACAUGCACACCAAAACGAAGCAAUCCAGUGACUGCGCUUCAUCAGAGCAGCCGGCCAGUGUCCUUUCUCACCUCUGUGCAUGCCACUCGCCGUCGCUUCGGAUUCGUCUGCGGCUCCAUCGCCGCCGCGCGACGGGAAGCCAAAAGAGUGUCGAAUAUCAGAACAUCUCGAGGCUACUGUAGAUCCCAGCUGUGAGAGGCCGCAGAGCGCCAGUACGGG